GUAGCUUUGCUCACCUGCCAGCAGCGUUUGCAUCCUGUUGAAGUGGAAGUUGUGUUUAAACCUUUUCCUUCCUUGCAUAGCCCAGACAUCUACACUGUCAUCUGUAAACCUGCAGGUAACGGUUUGAUGUACAUGAAGAGGGUUCAUCCUUCAGCGUGCUCCCCUAACUGCACCAUGUCACUGCAAAUGACUGAGCACCAAAGUGGAUAUAGCAUCGCACUGAGAGCCAGCAGGAACGAUACCGUGCUUGAGGCAAAGACCUUUCACUUCAUUCCAUUGUCCCUGUCCACCUUCCACGUAUUUAGCACAACUACCACUGCCCACCUGAAAUGGAAACUGCCCAGGCAGCGGAGCAUGUCCACAUUGACUCUGUACAACAUGAACACAAGAUCUGUCACACACUUCUCUGACAUGAACUCCUCAGAGAUUAAGUCUCAGUUCACAGUAAAGGGUCUUCAACCUGGAACACGGUUUAGAGCUGAAGUCAUAGUGGAUACAUUCCUCAAACAGCUUGACAUCACCCUGAGGCAGAAAAUCAGCAUUUUUCUGGAAACAGCUCAGUGUCCACAUGGCUGGUUGGCUGAUAGGAGAAACUGCUACAUUGUUAGAAGAUCAGGUUUGUCCUGGAAUGAUGCCCAGCACAGCUGUAAAGUCCUGGCCACUGGAAGCCACCUGGUAAACCUGAAGUCUGUGGAAGAUCUGCUGUUUGUUUCUUCUGUCCUUCUGACAGACAACAACCUGCUGCUGUUGUGGACAGGACUUAAUGAUCAACUGGAGGAAGGUCACCCUCUCUGGUCCGACGGCGUCCCAUUUAAUCAAACAAACAAUAUGAUGACUCUGCUACCAGCCAGUCAGACAGACUGUUUUGCCUUUCAGAGGAAUGCCACAGGGCCAGGAUACUUUCUUACUCCGUUCUUUUGUAACAUCCCUUUACCCUUCAUCUGCCAAUACCAAACACCAUCAAUCCCUGCCUCGUUCUCAUUUGACCUGGUUCAGGUGACAGAGCAGCAUGUGGAGCUCCGCUGGAGUGAGCUCUUCCCCUUUAACUCUCAGAAUCUUUCAUCUUUCGAGAUAUUUCUUCUUUAUCAAGAGAUGGAAAAUAGAAAGUUGGGUUAUGAAGAAAAUGAAUGCAGUGCACCAGAGGAGAAAAAGUGGACCAAGAGCCAGAAGAAUUUUAGAAAAAUUGUACAAGUCCCUAUUUCCCUUUCUUCCAGAGGAGUAACUGUGGCAGGUUUAUCUCCAGGGGGCAUUUACUCUUUUACUCUUCAGGCCUCUCAUCCUGCUGGCCCCAAAUGGAGCUUGGGACAAACACAGGUUGCAUACAUGAGACCACUUCCACCUCAGAAUAUCACCAUUGGCUCCAUCACAGCCAGCCAGAUUAGUAUACACUGGAUGCUGCUAGAGGCACAAUAUCAGGCCGGAUGGACUUUUGUCGUACACUGUGAAGACAUGUCUUUAAAGCAGGAGAGCCUAGUAACCAACAUCUCAAUGGUGUCUGGGGAUGGGAGGAUGCGGUUCUAUACUGCUGUGAUAGGAGGACUUGAGUCUUACAGGAAAUACAGAGUUGAAGUCUUCGUUGUCACACAGUGUGGAAUAUGGAGCUGUAGGCAGGUGCCUCUAACUUUACAGACUGCGGUGAAAUCUCCUACUGGUCUUGUGGUGGUCAGCACGCAUGGAAACCUGUCAGUUUGCUGGAACAUUCCACCUGGUGAUCCUCCAGAUGGUUACUACGCCACAUUCCACCCGAUUAAUCCUCCUAUUUCUUCAUUAUUAUGGGAAAACCAGUCCAUUUCUCCUACAUUCUGGGUGGAGGAAUCUAUUUGCACUCUCCUGGGCUCUUAUAUUCCUGGUCAAACGUAUGAAAUAAAUGUCACUGCUGUGAAGAACAAUGACAGGAGUGAGAGUUCCAGUGUCAUACACACAACAGCUCCAGUUUCUGUGCAGGUAGCAGUUCCUCUUUCAGUGGGCACAGACCAUGCACAGCUUUACAUUCAACCUCCAAGGAUUGGUCUUAUUGAUGGAGUCAAAGUGUGUGCAUGUCCUGGAGUUUGUGACAGCAUGUGUAAUGAAUCUUGUGAAUACUUUUGUGAGUGGCACUCCCUGGAUGCUGAUGUCCAUAUCGUUACGGUUAACAACCUUAGUCCAGGAUCAGAGUACCAGCUUGCUGUGUUCAGCACCAGCAAAAAGCAGAUGAGUCCACCAUACUACACCCGCCUGAUCAAAACGAGUCUUGCUCCUCCCAGCAGAGUGAGGGAGGGAGAGGUGACAGAAUCAUCCAUUGAACUGCUCUGGGAUCCAGCAAUAGGGCAGGCUCACAGCUAUGAGGCCGUCUGCCUCAACUGUGGCCACUCACUUAAGGUGCAGAAGGUGUUCAGUCAGAGUGCUGUGUUUUCUGGUCUUACUCCAGGCUCACUCUAUCACUUUGCUGUACGGACAGAGAAGGAGUCCUUCACUGACAGUUCGCCUAUUACAAUCAAUAUCACAGCAGCUCCUGCCCCGGUGGAGGUCUCUCAUGUCAAUAGAACUGCAUCAUCCAUAUGCAUUAGUUGGACUACAGCCAGGGGACUGCUGAGCACACUCAUCCUGUCAAUCAGAAAUAGAACAUCCAUUAAGGAGGUGAUCAUUGUGGAUAAGGAGCCCAGAAUACACAGCUUUGAAGGCCUUGCUCCUGGAAGUCAGUACACUGUCGACAUAAUUUCCACAAUCGGGGAGAGACGAAGCAAACCUACGACUUUAAUCCUCCAUACCAAUCCGCCACAGGAAGUCAAUCUUUCAGAGCAGGCAGUGAAGUCUGUAUUUCUGUCUUGGAGAACACCACCAGGACAGGUAGAUAAGUUCAAGAUUAUUUUUGGCCUGCUGUCAGUGGACAGACAGUCAUGGACUGAAGUGCUCACACAGAGCAUAAGCUAUGAGAUCAGGGAUUUGAUUCCGGGGUCAGACUAUGGUGUCAGUGUUCAGAGUGUGCGGGGGUCCGACACCAGUAAGACAGUUAGCAGAAACUUCAGCACAAGUCCAGCGGGAUUGUGUGCUCUUCAUUUAGAAAAUAUGAACUCUUCCUCUGUCACUGUGAGCUGGGACAGUUCACCAGGAGAAUUUGACUUCCACAGAAUUACUGUGACCAAUGCAUCAGUCACAAAAAUACUCAGAAUACCCAAGAAGGAACGGGUUGCCGUGGUUACGGGUCUGCUGGAUGGCUGCUGCUACAAUGUGAGCACUGAGCGAGUGAGAGGAUUGACAGCCGGAAAAGCUGCCUUUCUGACUGUAACCACAGUGCCAACCCGUGUUCGAGGGGUGCGUGUGGUGAAUGUAUCUGCACGUGCGUUUUCAAUAUGCUGGCAGCAGGCAGUGGGGUGUGUGGAUAAUUACCAAGUGAGCCUGCUACCAAACCAUGGAAAAGUCACAUUCCAUCCUGCCCAUAAUGGGUACAUUCAGGUUGAUGUGGCGAACGUUAGCCCUGGGACACAAUACACUGUGACUGUCACAGCAUCCUCUUCCUCUAAUAUCAGCCCUGGGGUCAGCCGCAUGAUCAAUACCAACGAGAGUGUUCCAGGUCCCCCUUCAGGCUUAGAGGGAGAAGCUGUCGGCUCUAAUGGUAUCAUGCUCUCGUGGACAAUGCCGCUUGAUGCAGAUAAUAUUGACGGAUAUGUUAUCAGGUACAAGGAAGUGUGUCCCUACCCCGAUCCCUCUUUCACACAGGUGACCAAAUACCUUGAUAUACCAGAGACUCUGCUCACUGACUUCACCUCAGGUUCUACAUACCAUAUUGAGGUAGCAGCUACUUCUCCAACUGGAAUUGGAGCAUUCAGCAAACCUUUAUACAUAAAGACAGCUGAGUCAGCCCCUGGUCUGGUGACUAAUCUGACGGCUUACUCUCAGAACCAUACCUUCGUCGUAGUUACGUGGUUCCUGCCACAUCGCAUUAAUGGCCUCAUCACAAAGUUUGCUGUCAAGGCGAAGCAUGCUCGGACGGGGCAGACUGUGCGCACUCUGGAGGUCAAUGCAGAGGACAUCAUGAUUGGAGCGCUGCCACAUUGCAACGAUGCAGCUGAUAUCCUGUCACGUGCUACUCUCAGCCCCUUGGAGAUAACAGCGUCGUCCCCACCCAUCACCCUCUCCGCUGUACCCCCUGCAGCCUCCUGGAGCGUGCCCAUUUCAGUGGGAGUUGACCAGCUCCGACCAUACACUGCCUAUCUGUUUGAGGUGUCUGCUUUCACCUCGGAUGGAGAGGGACAGAUAGCCUCCACUAUGGUCCGCAUGCCAGAGUCAGCUCCAGAGGAUCCACCACAAAACCUCUCUAUACCAAACAUGACAUCCAGAUCAAUCUCUGUGUUGUGGACGCCCCCGAGCAUCACCACUGGAAGGUUCACUUACAUGCUCUACCUUUAUGGACCAACAGGAUUUCUGUAUGAAAACAGCACGUGGGACACCCGCUUCGCUUUUACCGGUUUAACUCCCUACACAAGAUAUAGAAUUGCUGUCCGAGCCAAAGCUUCUGGAGAGGUGGGUCCAGCUGCAGAGGGUGUCAUACUUACACCUGCUGAAGCCCCCAGUGCAGUGCAAAACCUGAUGGCUAUGGCUGAGGAUUCUGUUUCAAUACGUGUGAGCUGGAGAAUCCCCGCCCAGCCCAAUGGUCCCAUAAUCCAGUACAGGCUGCAGGUCCUGGUGGAUGACACUCUGCUGCAGGACAUCACUCUUGUUGCAGAGAACACGACUGAAAUGAACGAGGAUAAAACAUUCCCUCCAGAUGUCUCUGAGAUUCCUGGCAGGCGUAAGAGAAGUGCAGAACUCAGUCUGAUCACAUCUCCCCCAGCUUUCACCGCAAUUGUUUCUGACCGCACACUGCCGGCUGGCACGAUUGCUUCCAGCUUCACUCGCUCUGGCCGUGGCAUCACAGAUCACAUUGCUAACAACGAUGCUCAACCAACCACUAACCCUCUGCUCACUGACUCACAAUCCUAUGGCAGCACUCAAACCUCUGACAAUGCGGUCUUUAGAACCACCGCUUAUUCUAUUACCUCUAUGCCACUUGGCACACUUCCACCAUGGCUGACAGACCAAUCACGUACAGAGGAUGUGACCUCAGGCACCUCCACCAACGCACUGACUCCAGCUCAGCUACGCUUGUCUACGCAUGAUGCUUCAGUCACAGGACACUUCUCAACACAUAGUACGCCAUUGUCAGGAACUACAGGUGUAACAGUGAGAGAAGAGGUAGUGGACGUUUUAUCUGAGGAGUUGUCUUACUUGGUGUUCGAUCUGAGUCCUUUCACUGAGUACACAUUCAGGGUCACUGCUUCCACCACUGUGGGUGAGGGCCCCUCUACAGAUAUUACUGAAAAGACCAGUGAGCAAGUCCCCAGCUCUGUGCUUGAUGUGUCUUAUCAAAACAUCAGCUCCACCUCCAUACUGGUGAGCUGGGCCCCACCGCUCAAUCCCAAUGGACUGAUCACACAUUACACUGUUUAUGGUCUCAAACUGAGAAAUACUCAUGCACUGAAGUGGAUGACUAAUGCAACGAGCUUACUGAUAUCAGAUUUGGAGAAAUUCACUGGUUACAAGCUACGCGUAGCUGCAUCUACAGCUGUGGGAGAGAGUUCUUUGUCAGAAGAGGAUGACAUUUUUGUUUUCACCUUAGACGACGAGCCUGACUCUCCCCCUGAGAACCUCACUGUGGUAGAGACCAGCCCUUCAACCGCCACUCUAACCUGGUCUGCCCCAGAGAAAGCUAAUGGGGUGAUCCAGUACUAUGAGGUCAUGUAUGAGAAUGAAUCCUACUCCGCAAUGAUGAACACCACUUUGAGCAAAGUCACUCUCAUGAGUUUAAAGCCAUUCUCCUAUUACAAUGUCUCUGUGAGGGCGUAUACCCGUUAUGGCUAUGGCAACCAAACGUCUGAUACAUUGUACCUGCUGUCUGGAGAAGAUGUUCCAGGCAGUCCACCAUAUGGCCUCUCCUAUGAGUCGGUCAGUCCCAGUGAAGUGAACGUAACCUGGCAGCCUCCUCUGCUGCCAAAUGGGGUCAUUACUCACUACAGCCUGGAGCUCUGGAACUCUACCCACUACUUAAACCUCACUUCACCAACCAACUUCAUCCACAUCAUGCAUUUGAGAAAGUACGCACAAUACCGCGUCAUGGUUCAAGCACACACUCGGGCUGGGCCAGGAAACCACAGCAGCGAGCCACUCAACAUAACCACACUCGAGGAUGACACUCCUCCCCAGUUCCUCCAUGCCAUGAAGUUGUCUGAUUAUGAGGUACAACUGUCAUGGGAACCACCACUGCAUGCCAAUUCAGACAUACUCUAUUACAUUGUCCGAAUUUGGAAUGAAACAACUGAGCUGUGGCAAAAUGUGACAGAGACAUCUGUGGUUAUUAACGUAGACUCAGAGAGCCGCUAUAAUGCCUCUGUGUCCAGCUGGACCAGACUGGGAGAUGGAGGGGUGCUGAUCUACAUCAGCUUCACCACUACUGAAGCAGAGCCAACUGACCCACCUCAAAACGUGACUCUUGUAAAUGUGACUGCUUCCUCUGUCACCCUUAUGUGGUACCCACCCACCCAACCUAAUGGGAUUAUUGUACAAUACACCAUUUACUACACUUAUAACAACACUCUAACAGCACAGAGAGUUCCUGUUUCAGACUUGCCUGACCAAUCCUCCCCCGAUUCACCUUUUGUCUACACUCUGGCUCAACUAAUUGGGGGCAGUAACUACACUUUGUGGAUGACUUCCAGCACUAUCCAGGGUGACGGAGGGGUCCAGUCCAACACAACAACAGUACUCUUGCCUGAGGAUGUACCGAGUGACCCAGUCUCAAAUUUGACGGCUCAGAACUUCAGCUCCACUGCCAUCAUUGUGAGCUGGGACCCACCCACAGAGCCAAAUGGUCGUCCAUACUAUCUGCUAACCUUACAAGAGGCUGGCAUCUUCCCAAACAUGACAAGCCCAGGGACUCCAUUAGUCAACAAGACAAUCAAGCAUACCACAAGCGACAAUGUGUUCCUCUUCACCAGACUCAGGAAGUAUUUUCCUUAUGUUCUGACUGUUACCCCAGCAACUGGUGCUGGCCCUGCCUACAACCAAACCAGCACAAUGGAUCUGCGAACAGAGGAUGACGUUCCUAGUUCUCCACCAUUGCUGGUGUCCACCAGGAACAUGUCUUCAUCUUCCAUCGUUGUGGUAUGGCAACGCCCUCUGGAGGCCAAUGGGGAGAUAACUGAUUAUACCCUGACCCUGUCAGGUCCAAGUGGCUCCAACACAACCCAGACGACCAACACUUCAGUCACUCUGACUGACCUGCUCCCUUACACCGCUUACAAUCUCACCAUUAUAGCUGCAACUCGUAAAGGGGCUGGGCCUCAUCUCCUACUGCAGCUGCACACUGAUGAAGGCGGUCCCAUGUCACCUCCCCAUAACCUGACCAUAUACAACCAGACAGCAGUGUCUGUGUGGCUGAGCUGGGAGCCUCCUAUGGAGCCCAAUGGAGUGGUUAUAAAGUACGGAUUCCGGAUCCAAGACCUCAUCACACACACCGUCACACAUCGGAAUUCCUCUAGUUCAUCAACCAUGGAGUAUCUGUCAGGCUUCAGGCCUCAUAGCUCUUAUGAGAUCAGUGUGUACAGUUACACCAGAGUGGGCCAUGGGAAUCAGUUCAGCAGUCCUGUGACCUUCACGACAAAUGAGUCAGUGGCUGAUGCUGUGAGAAACCUGUCAUGCUCAGGAUUGAGUUGGGAUUCAAUUUAUCUGUCUUGGGAUAUUCCCACCAACCCCAAUGGGCAGAUCCUUUAUUAUGAGGUUGUAAUUACUGAAGACCAACAGACCUACACACACAAGGCCCACACACCAGAGUACACUUUGACAGGGCUUUCACCUGACCAGGAGUACUCCCUUGACAUAGCUGCAUUCAACUCUGCAGGACCAGGAGACAGAGUAAAUUGCACAGCUUUCACCCUGUCUGAAUCAGUUCCAGCUGCUCCUCGCUUCCUCACCGUCUCUCAGGUCACCCCUAGCAAAGUGACGCUUCAGUGGGCUCCACCACCCUCCAUUCCAGGCCUGCUGAAAGAGUACCACGUCGUAGCACAGCUGCUUUCAGCUGUUUGCGAAUCAAAUAUUACCAUUGUUGCUCAGCCAACCCCAGAGUUUGAUGUGGUCUCAGGCUGUGUGGAUGACAAUUUCACAGUGUCAGUGAAUGCCUCGGAUAGCGCUGAAGAAAACGCGAUCACUCUCCAAUCCCUGGCUAAAUACAGAUACUACCGCUUCAAGGUGGCUGCUGUGACCAGCGCUGGAGUUGGAGAAUAUACACUCUGGAAUUACGCACGCACCCUGGCUGGAAACCCUGAUGUACCUCCCCAAAACUUAAAAGUGACCUCUACCGCCACCAACCUACAUAUUAUGUGGGAGGCUCCAGCAGUUCUCUCAGGACCCACUUCCUAUCUUGUGCAGGUGGAUGGUCCAGGUGUAAACAUCUCAAAAGUCCGUGCCCCUGGAGAGGUGAUGACUGUCGUUGUGACAAACUUGACAGCUUUCACCCGUUACAGUGUGACUAUUACUGCUUUCACUGGUCCUUUAGAAAAUGCUAGCCGUGAUGGGAGUUCUAUUGGUCCGAUAGACUUUCACACCCUAGAGGAGGAGCCAAAAGACCCUCCAAAGAAUGUCACUGUCUCAGUUAUUCCAGAGAGAGUGAACUCUGUGAGGGUGAGCUUCCAACCUCCAGAGGAGCCCAAUGGCAACAUCACUGCUUACUUUGUGUAUGUAUAUGAGAAGGGUCAGCUGGUCAAAAACAUCAGCCUCAAUAUCACCCAUGGAGAACAAAACAGUCUGGUUGCUGUUAUAGAAGGCCUUAAAGGAGGGCACACCUACAAUAUUCAGAUUUCAGCGAUGAACAGGGCGGGUAGGAGCCCACUCAGUCCACAUGUCCAGAUAACUACAGGGAUCAAAGCACCAUCCAAGCCAACCCGAAGACCCCAGGCAGUGCUUGGCCAUGGAGGGGUUUCCAUGGUAACCCACAGGAGUAUCACCAUCUACAUGCCUGCCUGUUUCUAUAGUGACGACAACGGACCAAUUGCAAAAAUUCAGGUCAUUGUGGCCGAGUCAGGGGUGAGGGACAUUGAAAACCUGACGAACUGGAGGCAUGCGUAUUUUCACCGUCCUGCUCCUUACCUGACUGACACGGGGUUCCCCAACCCAGCGUGUUUACUGAGGGAUGAGACAGCAAGUAUGCAUGUACGCGUCACAGGCGGUCAUGGUUUGUCUGGAGGCAGCCCAUCACUGGUGAGGCACAACCACACCAAAGCGGAGACCUACGUGAUCGGAGACAACAAUGGCUGCCUGGAGGAGAACAACACGGAUCAUUUCUGCAAUGGGCCUCUGAGGCCUAACACUGUCUACGUGUUUAAGUUCAGAGCCACCAACAUUAAUGGCCAAUACACAGAUUCUGAAUACUCAGAGCAUAUCAGAACGGCAGUGGACGGGCUGUUGACCAGAGAUGAACAGAUCAUCCUGGGUGUACUUCUGUCAUUCUUCUUGGCUGUGUUACUCAUCAUCAUCAUCUGUGGCUCCGUCAAGAUUCAUCAGCGUAAGACGGAAGGUGGGACGUAUUCACCCAGAGAGGCAGAGAUCAUAGAAACAAAGUUUAAGCUGGAUCAGCUGAUUGCUGUCGCAGAUAUGGAGCUAAAACAAGAAAAGCUCAAUCGAUUGCUGAGCUACAGGAAGUCACUCAAGCCUGUCAACAAGAAGUCUUUCCUGCAGCAUGUAGAGGAUUUGUGUGCCACUGACAAUGCCAAAUUCCAGGAGGAGUUUGCAGAGCUUCCAAAGCUGCUGCAGGACUUGGCCACCACAGAUGCUGACCUUCCCUGGAACAAAUCCAAGAAUCGCUUCCCUAACAUCAAACCUUACAAUAACAACAGAGUGAAGCUGCUGUCAGAACCAGGCACUGCAGGCUCAGACUACAUCAACGCCAGCUUUGUUUCAGGUUAUUUGUGUCCCAAUGAGUUCAUAGCAACCCAGGGUCCUCUGCCCGGCACUGUGGCGGACUUUUGGAGGAUGAUCUGGGAAACAGGAACGCGCACCAUCGCCAUGCUCACACAGUGUUACGAGAAAGGCAGGAUUCGGUGUCACAAGUAUUGGCCCGAGGAUAACAAGCCGAUGACAGUGUUUAGUGAUAUUCUCAUCUCAAAAGUGUCAGAGGAAGUACUUCCUGACUGGACUGUCAGAACCCUGAAAGUGGAAAAGCAUGGCCACUACAUUUUGGUCCGACACUUCAACUACACAUCGUGGCCUGAGCACGGGGUGCCAGAGUCCUGUAGCACCCUCAUUAAAUUUGUCAAAGCUGUACGAGCACAUCGGCAUGACAACACCACCAUAGCUGUCCACUGCAGUGCUGGCGUUGGAAGAACAGGAGUGUUUAUUGCUCUAGAUCACCUCAUUCAGCACGUCAGAGACCAUGACUUUGUUGAUAUUUACGGGCUGGUGGCUGAACUGCGCAGUGAGAGGAUGUGCAUGGUGCAGAAUCUGGCCCAAUACAUCUUCCUACAUCAAAGUACGUUGGAACUUCUAAACAACAAAGGAAACAGUCAGUCCAUCUGGUUUGUUAGUUACUCUGCUCUGGAGAAGAUGGACUCCCUGGACGCUAUGGAAGGUGAUGUUGAACUCGAAUGGGAGGAGACCACUAUGUAAAAGACUAACAGAAGGACACCUCUGAGUAUUUUGGCAGAGUCUCUGCACAAACUCUGGCCAGGUCCAUCUCCACCAAACAAACAUAGAGGCUGAGGGAGGAGGAACGGGACGUGAACAAGAUUCUCUUGCUCCACUUCAAACCCUAUUCGCUGCCCAGUCCUCACUUUGAGGCAUCUCUUGUCCCCUUCUUUCCAAGGACUCGGAGAGAAACAGACGGGAACACAGGGACUGAGCAUUCAGUCAUGACAGGGACAGAGAAGAGAGCGGGAGCUGGUUAUGAGAGCUCUAUCUCAUCUGUAAGCCUACAGUUACUUUGCACAAACUGAUUGUCACUGUGUACUGCAUUACUUUAAUAUGAUUUCUAUGUUUUUGUAAGAUCAUUUAUUCAGCCAAAGUGGUACUAUUGAUUUUUUUUCAGCUUCUUAAUAUACUUUCGUUCUUGUUGGGGGGUUGGGGGGCCUCUUUAUUCUUUCUCAAGAGUGAUUUGUAAAAUAAAACAUGCAUCUUUUCUUUAUUGUGUUGACACUUGAC